AUGAAGUUAAUUCAUAUAAUAAUUUCCAUAAUAUUCCUUUUCACAACAUCAAUAACAGCUGAAUUAUCGAGUAUUGAACAAGCUCUUGAUACUACCUAUGAAGAAGUUGGAGGUUAUGAAAGUAAUCUUGAACAAUUACUAGAAUCAUUUGUACGUGAUAAUCAAGAAGUAUUUCAAAAGAGAGAUGGUUCAAGUACAGUGGCUACUAUUAGUCAAAUCUUACAAACUGUUAAUAAUUCAGGUAUCAUUUUAGAUAUUUUAAAUGAAGUUGCAAGUACUCCAAAUGCCACUGCCAUCAUUUCAGGAUUUAUUGUUCAACUUUUAAAAUCAAGUAGCGGAGUUAUUCAAGGAUUUAAUGUUACAGUGAAUUUCACUAACAUUUUAAAUGCUGUAAAUCAAUCUCAACUUGUUCAAUCAGUAGCUGGUGGUCUCUUAAUCAAUGAUGCCAAUAGAAAUAAACUUGCUUCCAUUGUUGGUCCUGGUCUUGGUAAUUCUCCUUGGGUUGGAUAUCUUUUACUUGGAUUAGGUAAUGGUCAUGAUUUAACCAUUGAUUAUAUUGCUCAACUUAUUCAAACCACUCCAAAUAAGAAUAAUGGAUCUGUUGCUAAUGCUGGAUCUAGUAAAUCAGUUUUAUUUGGCUUUGAAAAACGUGAUAAUGCCACCGAUCAAUAUGCUGGAUCACUUCAAAGUUUCCUUAAUAAUUUAGCUCAACAAGUUUUAAAUUCAGCCAUUGUAGGUAAUUCCUUAAGUGAUAUCCUUAUUGCUGUGAAUCAAUCAGGUAUUGUGGUACCAUUAGUACUUGAUAUUUUACAAGAUACUGCUGUGGUUAAAAUGGUCAUUUCUAUAGUGGGGGAUUUAUAUUCUUCAGGAGUAUUUGAAAAUGUUGAUAUCAAUUAUUAUUAUCGUCUAGCUCAAAAACAAAAUUAUUUAUCAAAUGGGUUGGAAUUCCUUGUAUCUAAUCCAACUUGGUCUCCACCUAUUGGAAAAUUAUUGGAAUAUUUAGAAGCAACUGGUGUUUAUCAAAAUUUACAAUAUGCAAUGUAUGGACCUCCCAAAAAGUGA